GCGGGUCCUCGCGCUUCAGGCAGAGCCGUUGGUCUUCAGUGCAUCUUUACCACAGUAACAAGGUGAAGCUCGUUUACUAUAACGUGCUUUCUGGGAUCUGGACCUUGACCGGCUUGUUCUGGUGUCGCAGGAUGGCCGAGCGCGUGCUGAUUAUCGGCGGCGGCGGGCGCGAGCAUGCGCUGGCGUGGAGGCUGGCCCAGUCGCCUCGCGUCCAGCGGGUCCUGGUGGCCCCCGGCAACGCGGGCACGGCCGACUGCGGAAAGAUCUCCAACUCGGCUGUGAGUGUGAGUAAUCACGCCAUCCUGGCUCAGUACUGUAAAGAUCAUAACGUCUCACUGGUGGUGGUCGGACCGGAGGCUCCGUUAGCCGCAGGCAUGGUGGACGACCUGAGCGCCGCGGGCGUGCUGUGCUUCGGGCCCUCGGCGAAAGCGGCCCAGCUGGAGGCCAGCAAGAGUUUCUCCAAGAGCUUCAUGGACCGGCACGGGAUCCCCACGGCGCGCUGGAGCUCCUUCACCGACCCACAGGAGGCCUGCGCCUAUAUCCGAGGUGCGGAUUUUCCAGCCUUGGUGGUGAAAGCGAGUGGCCUGGCUGCAGGGAAGGGGGUCAUAGUGGCUAAAGACGAGGACGAGGCCUGCCAGGCGGUUUUGGACAUCAUGAAGGACAAGGCGUUCGGCUCGGCCGGGGACACGGUGGUCGUGGAGGAACUGCUCGAGGGGGAGGAAGUGUCCUGUCUGUGUUUCAGCGACGGCUCGACGGUCGCCGCCAUGCCGCCGGCGCAGGACCAUAAAAGGCUGCUGGAUGGCGAUCUGGGGCCAAACACGGGAGGAAUGGGGGCCUACUGUCCGACCCCACAGGUGUCCGAAGAGCUGCUCCAACAGAUUAAAGCCACCGUCCUGCAGAAGACCGUGGACGGCAUGAAAGAAGAGGGCGCGCCGUACGUAGGCGUGCUGUACGCAGGACUGAUGCUGACCAAGCAGGGACCAAAGGUGCUGGAGUUCAACUGCCGGUUCGGAGACCCCGAGUGCCAGGUCCUGCUGCCUCUCCUGAAGAGCGACCUGUACGAGGUGGUGAAGGACACGCUCCGAGGCCAACUGGCCUCAAACCCGCCCGUCUGGCUGGACGACAGCGCGGCGGUGACCGUGGUCAUGGCCAGCGAGGGCUACCCCGGCGCUUACAAGAAGGGCGUGGAGAUCACAGGUCUGGCUCAGGCGGCGGAGGCGGGGCUGCAGGUGUUCCACGCCGGCACCGCCCUGACCGAAGCGGGCGGAGUGACCUCGAACGGCGGCCGGGUCCUGACGGUCACGGCGGUCCGCCCCACCCUGGACGACGCCCUCCGGCGCGCCAACCGGGGCGUGGGCGCCGUGGGCUUCCCCGGCGCCGUCUACCGCCGCGACAUCGGCCACCGCGCCAUCGCCUACCUGCGACGGUCCAGGGGACUGACCUAUAAGGACAGCGGAGUGGACAUCGCGGCGGGGAACAGGCUGGUGGACCUGAUCAAACCUUUAGCCAAGGCCACGUCACGCUCAGGCUGUAACGCCGAGCUGGGAGGCUUCGCCGGACUCUUCGACCUGAAGGCGGCCGGAUUCGCCGACCCCAUCCUCGUCUCCGGGACCGACGGCGUCGGCACCAAACUGAAGGUGGCGCAGGCGUGCGACAUCCACACCACCCUGGGCCAGGACCUGGUGGCCAUGUGCGUCAACGACGUCCUGGCCCAGGGCGCCGAGCCGCUCUUCUUCCUGGACUACUUCUCCUGCGGGCGCCUGGACGUGAGCGUGGCGGCGGCCGUCGUCGGCGGCAUCGCGGAGGCCUGCAAGGCGGCGGGAUGCGCCCUGCUCGGCGGCGAGACGGCCGAGAUGCCGGGGGUCUACGGGACCGGCGAGUACGACCUGGCCGGGUUCUGCGUGGGCGCCGCCGAGCGCGACUCGCUCCUCCCCAGGCUGGAGGACAUCCGGGACGGAGACGUGCUGAUCGGGAUCGCCUCCUCCGGUCUCCACAGCAACGGCUUCAGCCUGGCGAGGAAGGUGCUGGAGCGGGCGGGGCUGCGGUACGGAUCCCCGGCGCCGUUCGGGCCACCCGGACAGACCGUAGGCGAGGCGCUGCUCACCCCGACCAAGAUCUACAGCCGACUUCUCCUGCCCGUCCUGCGCGGCGGGGCCGUCAAAGCCUACGCCCACGUCACGGGCGGCGGCCUGCUGGAGAACAUUCCCCGAGUCGUACCCAAAGAGCUGGCUGCAGACCUGGAUGCCACGCGCUGGCGUAUCCCGCCCGUGUUCCCCUGGCUUCAGAAGGAGGGCGCUCUCUCCGAGGAGGAGAUGUGCCGCACCUUCAACUGCGGCCUGGGGGCGGCGCUGGUGGUGGCCAAGCAGGACGCGCAGAGGGUGCUGAGGCAGGUGCAGGCGCAGGAGGAGGCGUGGAUCGUGGGCUCGCUCGCCCACAGGGCGCCCGGUUCGGACUCCGUGGUGGUCAGGAACCUGGAGCAGAGCCUGAAAGCCGGUCCUAAUCCCGCCGCCAGCUCCUGCGUACCGCAGAACGGCACCACCCAGACGGACGCCAGCUCCCGAAAGAAGACCAAGGUGGCCGUGCUGAUCUCCGGGACGGGUACUAACCUACAGGCACUGAUGGAACACACCAAGAAGCCCUCCAGCUCUGCUGAGAUCGUGGUGGUGAUCUCGAAUCGGCCGGGGGUGCUGGGACUGAAGAGAGCUUCCAUGGCGGGUAUACAGACACGGGUGGUGGACCACAAGCUGUACGGCAGUCGCGCCGAGUUCGACAGCACCAUCGACCGCGUCCUGGAGGAGUUCGGGGUGGAGCUGGUGUGUCUCGCCGGCUUCAUGAGGAUCCUGACCGGGCCCUUCGUCCGGAAGUGGAACGGGAAGCUGCUGAACAUUCACCCGUCCCUGCUGCCGUCCUUCAAAGGGGUCAACGCUCAGAAGCAGGCCCUGCAGUCCGGGGUGCGGAUCACCGGCUGCACCGUGCACUUCGUGGCUGAGGAGGUGGACGCCGGAGCCAUCGUGGUCCAGGACGCUGUCCCCAUCCUGAACAAGGACACGGAGGACAGCCUGUCGGAGCGCAUCCGGGAGGCGGAGCACCGGGCCUUCCCCGCCGCUCUGGAGCUGGUGGCCAGCGGCGCCGUCAGACUCGGGGAGGACGGACACGUCGCCUGGAGCCAGUCGGCGUAGCCGCGGCGGGUCUCCGUUCCGCUGAUAACGGUUUACGUUACUGAAAUUAGCCUGUACCGCUCUAGCCUCGGUCAGGUGAUCUGACUGUGUCGUACCAGACGCGACGAAUUGCACGAUACGAUAGCGAUAUAAACGAUACGUCGUUCUUUGCAUGUAACGCCGGACGCACGUCCCAGCCGGGUCCAGAUGAUGAUAAUAAACGCUAACAUUCCACUGA